UCUCAUUGUCCCGAGCGCGCUCUUGACUGCAGAGUGACCAAUAACGCUUAACCAAAGACCCGUCGCUACUCAUGAAACAACCUUCGAGACGUUUCUCUGAUGUCCACUUGCUCCAGUAAAAGAGAGGAGAUGCUGAAGUGUCCGGUUCCAGUGAUUUCACGAUGACUGACGCGGUGAUGGGCACGAAAGGUGUCCAUGUGCAGUCUGGACCGUGUCUCGGUGCAGAGCUGACUGAUGAGGAGAAGGAGAUCAUCAACAGCGUCAUCGUCCGGGCCGAAAAAAUGGAGGCAAUGGAGCAAGAGAGGAUUGGACGUCUGGUGAAUCGUCUGGACAACAUGAAAAAGGCUGUUUGUGGGGACGGCGUGUCACGCUGCCUUUUAUGUGGAGAGCAGCUGGGUGCAGGAGGGGACAGAUCAGUGGUUUGUGAGGACUGUAAAAAGAGCAUGUGCACCAAGUGUGGAGUGCAGGCGAACGCUCGGCCGCGGUCUGUGUGGCUCUGCAAGAUCUGCGGCGAGCAGAGAGAGGUAUGGAAGCGAUCUGGAGCCUGGUUCUUCAAAGGUCUCCCUAAGCAGUUCUUACCCUCACCUAUGCCCAUUUCCAGACCCAGAGAUCCCAGUCCUCAGCAGAAGGCUAUGCAGACUCGAGCACCAGUCUCAGCUCCAGAGCCGACAGUGGAUCCACCGAUUGCCCCAAAACCAGCUGUGGCUCCGAAACCUGCUCAUCUUCAAACUCACAGUUACUCAGAGGCGGAUGGAGAUGCAGCGAGCUCCCAGAAUACCCCUGUGCUGAUGAAGAAGACGGUGAACGUCCACGCGGCCAGAACAGUCCCAUCAGGCACAUUCCAGCCGGCUGCUCAGGAGGCAGAGAGAGGAGCCUAUCAGUCCAUUAGCACUGCGUCUCAUGUGCAGGAGAGAGCGGAGCUGAAGCCUGCGCCCGUGCCCGGCCCUCGAGCCGUCCAGCAGCAGGCCGCUCCGCCAGCGGACGACGAGGAGGAGGAGGCCAACAGCUAUGACUCCGAUGAAGCCACAACUCUGGGAUCACUGGAGUUCACUUUACUGUAUGACCAAGGGAACAGCAGCCUUCACUGCAACAUUAUUAGAGCGAAGGGUUUGAAACCGAUGGAUUCGAAUGGACUGGCAGAUCCUUAUGUCAAGCUUCAUCUGUUACCGGGUGCAAGCAAGUCAAAUAAAUUACGCACCAAGACCCUACGCAACACUCGCAACCCGACCUGGAAUGAGACGCUGGUGUACCACGGGCUGACAGACGAGGAUAUGCAGCGCAAGACCCUCAGAAUAUCUGUCUGUGAUGAAGACAAGUUUGGUCACAAUGAGUUCAUCGGAGAAACCAGAGUUGCGCUGAAAAAACUCAAGUUCAGUCAGAAGAAAAACUUUAACGUGUGUCUAGAGAGGGUUGUGCAGACAAAAAGAACAUCAACUGCAGGCGGUGCGCGAGGAAUCACCCUCUAUGAGGAUGAGACUGGGAAGGAUGGCGCUGAGAUGGAAGAGAGAGGACGAAUCCUGAUAUCCCUCAUGUACAGCAGUCAGCAGAGUCGUCUCAUUGUAGGCGUUGUACGCUGUGUUCACUUAGCAGCAAUGGAUGCGAAUGGGUAUUCUGAUCCUUUUGUCAAAAUAUGUCUGAAACCCGAUAUGGGGAAGAAAGCAAAGAACAAGACGCAGAUCAAGAAGAAAACACUCAACCCUGAGUUUAAUGAGGAGUUCAGCUAUGAAAUUAAGCAUGCAGAGCUGGCCAAAAAGACUCUUGACAUCUCAGUAUGGGACUAUGACAUCGGGAAAUGCAAUGACUAUAUAGGAGGCUGUCAGUUGGGUAUCACUGCCAAAGGUGAGCGUUUGAAGCACUGGUACGAAUGCCUCAAGAACAAAGACAAGAAGAUCGAGCGCUGGCAUACUCUGCACAACGAGAAUCACGUCUCCAGCGAUUAGGCUCUUCAAGCGCCCUGCAUGCCUUUAAGUUGUACUCGGCCCAUUUUGCAACUCCAUCCCCCUCCACUAACUGCAUAUCUUGGGCUAUACCGACCUUGCUCUUGUCCGGCUGACACAUGAUAUGCUUUCAUGAAACAAAAUGUGAUGUCUGGAGCUCUUCUAUUCACUGUGACCAACACAAACGACUAUAGGUUAGCACUGAAGUGUAAAAGAACUGCACAAUUAUGUCACGUUCACUAAUCUGGCCACAGUAGCAUUGUGUUUUAAAGUUCUAGUUUAAGAACAACUGUAGAAACUCCAAAUAAUUAUCUUGUUGUGGGAAUGCAUUAAUAUCACGUCUCUUAGCAAUGUCUCCUAUUAAAAAGCAUUAUGAACCUUAAAAAAGAGGCCGAUACAGAAUGUAUAAGCCCUAUUUUAACCAGUCUAAGAAUGUUUACAGGCCAUAUAGAAUGUCAGGUAAAAUUAAUUAAUUGUAUUUAGCGACUUAUUUAAAUACCUUCAAUGUUAUUUUCAUUUCACUGAUAUACUAUCGAUUUUUGUUAAUAUUUGUGAAUUAGAUUUUAUUUUUUAUAUUUUGGAAACUAUCAUUUUUAAAUAUCACUUUAAUUUUAAUUCGAGUUUUAAUAAUUUGGCUUUUAGUGUUUGUCAUUUUUUAAACAUCUAUAUAUUUUUUUAUACAUUUUUAUGUAUCAGUUUAAUUUUUUAUAAGUGUUUUACUACUAUAAGUUAAGCUAAAACAAAAUAAAAAUGUCAAGUAACAGAUUUAAGUUUUUUUUUUAAUGGUUUUAAUUUUAGUUAGCUAUAAUAACCCUGACAUGAGGUCAAAAGAACUAGCUAGUUGUUUCAGACAAAUAGGCAAGCAACAUGUAGGGAUGUUUACACAGCACAGAUAAGACUAAAUCCAAAGAAUGUUCAAGUCCAAACUAGAGCAUUUUAAAGCAUUAUCUGUUCGCCAAUGAUACAUUUAGACUUGGCCUUCGAAUCUAAUGAAUGCGAUUUUGUAACACAUUGCUUGGUACGUCUGGUUUACAACAACACUCUUACUGUAUGUAAGCACACUAUUCCACUAAACCCUACAAACAUGCAUCCUGUUUAUGGUCUAUAAUGUGCUAAAAAAUACAAUUGCCUUGUGUGAAGACAACCAUUAAUGACAACGUCCAUGGAUAAAUCAAAUAGGAUAUACUAAAAAUAGUCCUCUGCAUCAUGUGGCUGUGACGCAAACCAAGAUUACUGUAACAGGAAACAGUACUGCAGUCCAAUCACAUGUGGACACUGAAGGGAAAGCACAUUUACAAUAGAAUGACCUCAACAUUUCUAUUCUUUGCUGUUAUUAUAAGCAUGAGAGUGUCUUUGAUCAUAGUGAAUACAAUUCAUUUGCUUUGUAUAAUUUAAUCCCUGUAGAUUAAAUUACUGUUUACCAACAAACACUUGGUGGCGACACUUCCGGGUUUCUCAGGAACUGCUUUACAUUAUAUCGACUGAAGAGUGAUUUGUGUUUGGUUGAAGUUCCACAUUUCCAAAAGAUUUUUAGAUCUUUGAAGAAUUUUAGCAUAACUCAGAUCUCAGAUCUGCUCUAAUGCAGGGUUUCAGGUCUUAAAAAGGUCUUAAUUUGCUCUUUUUUUUUUUUUUUUUGCUCAGAAAUUAAGACUUGAAAAGGUCUUAAAUCCAUACAAUUGUGGCAUUAAAUGCUGCAUACAAAAAAAUUCCAGCUGUUUUCCAAUGCAGAUAUCUUCCAUAAAUCAAGAUGGAUUUACUUCAGAUUAGUGGUGGGCCGUUAUCGGCGUUAACGUGCUGCGUUAACGCGAGACUCUUAUCGGGCGAUAAAAAAAAUAUCGCCGUUAAUCUAUUCUCAAAGUUGGGUUGGGAGCUGGGUCUAUACUACGCAAGCUAUGAUGACUUUCACCUGAUAUUUUAGCGCGGAUGUAUACCUAGCCGAAUUGCACUGUACUGUAGGGGGCGAGAACGAGUCUUCGAACCUGUGUGUAUGCGUGCUAACAUGGAUGCAGCUAUGAAGCCGCCGGGUUUGCUUCAGGGAAAAUUUAUUUUUAAGAAGCUUCCCAAUGAAGAUCGGCAAGUCAUUUCUGUCUCUACGUUACAUGGUCGCGCUCUCUGUAUCGCGCGCACAGCGGAGUUCCGCCCCGGUUCGCACACACACACACACACACACACAAACAAACAAACGUAAGCGCACACACAAGUGAGCACACUCCCACUCCUAUUUGUAAAUAUUAAGCCGCAAAACGUCUAUUUAAAUAUGACUUCUGUGUGUCUCUGUGUUAAUGUAUGGCGCAAGACGCACGGGUUUGUUCAGUACUCAUACAGAAGACCGCGUGACGCUUGCGGCGAUAUUAACGUCUGUCGUCUCACUAAAUGAGGACAUAAAUACAUGAACAACAUCUCCAGAACUGCUCUGAGAGUCACUUCAUGAGCAUUCGAGCGUUUCAUUUGAGAAAAACUAUUCUCAUAUCAAUAUACACAGAAAUUUAAAGGUAUUCACGGCAACCCGUCAAAAUAAAAAGUUCGGUUUCACUUGAAGACAUUGGGCAGAACAUAAUAGGCUACUACUAUUAAAACUAUUAAAACCUUAUCUUUAAGGAAUAAUCAUACAAUGUCUUCAAUGUUAUUAUCAAUAUUAAAUUCUUGAUGACUGCUAGUUGUUUACUACUAGUAGUGAACUUAUUCUGAUCUACUUGGCAGAAUUCAAAUGAGCCAUUUUAAUCUAGAUUAA